AGCAAACCCUCUCCUCCUUCCUUCCUCUCUCUGUCUCUCUCACCGGAGAUCGCCGCCACCUCCUUGUCGACAUUUUCUCCCGGAACACGGGAUGAAGCUUAAGAUCAACAGCGCCUGCGACCUCAGCUCCAUCGCCCUCCUCCACCCCGGAGGGCUGGAGAGAUCAGCGGCGAAGGGAGGACGAGCGCGCCUGCUGCUUAUGCUUCCGCGGCGGCAGGGCAUCGGUUCCAGGCGCUGCCGCAGCAGCAGCCCUUCUCGCUGAACACCGGCGGAAGGGGCGGGGGAAUGCCUUCGCAGUCGCAGCUCUUGGAGGCCUCUCUCGGCCAGACCCUUCUCAGCCAACAACUCCCCGCACCCGCGCACGAUCAGGUCUCCUAUAUGUUGCUCCCUCCUCUUGCCCGUUUCUACUGAAUGCAUGGAUCGAUGGAUUCAGUGUUUUUUCUGUCGGAUCAGUGAAUCAAUUCCCUGGAAAGAUAUUUGGCUUGCACAAUGUCUCGUCACAGAUACCUUCGUUCCCUCCAAAUUCAGCUUCUUGUGUACAAGAAGAAUCCCAGCAGCAACUGGCAAAAAUAUCAAACAACACCAUCCCUUGGAGGAACCCCUGUCUUGCAGAGAGUAGAUGUUGCUAAUGAGGAUGCUGAGCACAGAUUUCAGCAGUUGGCAAAUUCAGUAUGUAGGAUAGAGAUGGUACUAGACUCGGUACAAAAUGAUGUUAUUCAGUUAAACAGAUCCAUGAAGGAGGCAUCACUGGAUUCUGAUAGCAUACAACGAAAGGUUGUUCUAUUAGAUAAUUCACUUCAGAAAAUUCUUAUGGUACAAGAUGGUGAAGCCGGUAGCAUACAGCAAAAUGAUGUUCUGUUAGAUAAUUCACUUCAGCAAAUUCUUAAGGGACAAGAUGGUCUCAAAGAACUCCUUGAAGGCGGCACAAAAAGCAAUCCUGAUCAGCUGAGUGUUUUAAACUCGCACACCAGCACAUUGAGUGAGAUAUCAUCUAUCCUUUCAGUCUGGCAAGAAGAAAUUCGAGCAGAUUUAAGGCAACUGCAUGGUGAUAUCUUCAGGAUUUUUACAAAGGAGAUGAAGGGGGUUGUUAGAGCUAUCAGGUCUCUGAAUAGUAGGCCUGCUGCAUUGCAAAUGCUGGAAGAUCGGAGCUGCUAUCCCAAUGAAAGAACAUGGAGUAGCCAAGUACAAGUAGCAGAUGGAAGUCCCCUGAUGAACCAGAUACCAUUAGCAAAUGAAAGACUUAAGAUGAACCAGACACCAGUAUCAAUUGGAGAACCCCUGAUGAACCUAGCAGUGGUGGCAAAUGGAAGCCCGCUGAUUAACCAAUCACCAGUAGCAAAUGGAAGGUCCCAGAUGAACCAAACACCAGUAGCAAAUGGGAGGCCCCAGAUGGACCGAACACCGGUAGCAAAUGGAAGACCCCAUAUGGAGCAAAUAACGACAAAUCUCUUCCCUGCACGUUCAAGUUGUUCUACAAAGGCGGCCGAUCCAAAGCCAAAUAUAGAACAAGGAGAUGUAAAAGCAACUACUCCAAAGUUGUUUGGUUCAAGCUACAUGCUGGCACCUAAACAGGGAGAGGUGCUAAAUAGAAAGGUCAAUCAACAAGAGCCAACUAAGAAGGCACCUGUCACUAUAAUGAUCGACUCAGACGAUGACAGUGAAGGGCACGCUUCCUGGGUGAUUCUGAACACAGAACCAGCUGAUCUGAUGAAGGAAGCCAGCAGAGAGGAGGGCAUGCAGCUGCUGUGGAGUGCGAGGAAGAGGAGUAGGAGGAAAAGGGAGACACGGUGCAUUGAUGCCACCGCCUUGCCAGAUGUAAUGAGAGGCAAGAAGAGGAUGGGGAAAGCUGCACCAGAAGCACAAGAGGAGGAGGCUGUUCAUGUUGAAGCCAUACCAGCGAAGCGGACUUGCCGGCCCAACCCCAAGUAUGAUGCGGAGCAGUGGACUGCCUGAGGCAGCCUGAUGAGCCACAUAGGUUGUUCUUUGGGCGUCCCAUUGGCUCCGUACGUGGCCCCUAUUUCUUUGGACGGAGGCUCAGGAAUGUAUGGAAUCUGGGUGUAACCAUUUGGAGACGGUAGCACGGGAGUUAUUCAGUCGGUUUGGAUGGCGCGCAAGUCUUAGGCUAGAAAGAUUUUGAUGUUUCCCUUUCACUCUCAGUUCUUUAUCUUUUGUAAUCGGUGACAUGUAUUUUGAAUACUUUUAAUAAUUGGCUGUGUGCAUCGAUCUAA